AUGGAGCCGGUGGCUGGCCCGGGCUGGAGUGGCAUUUGCCCGGCGACGGGGGGCGAGGGGGACACCGAUUCGGGUCAGGAGUCCUCCGCGGCCGGGAGAGCCCUGGGGGCACAGGGCAGCUGGUCGGGGGCGGCUGGCUGCAACUGGAUCACGAUUCACCCCACGUUCACAGAAAUGAUGUCACUUGAUGUAUCUGAUAGCACUCAAGUCUACUCUGCAUUUUUGGUGUACCUGGACCUCUUAGAAGGGAGGAACUGGCAUGAGGUGCAGCCUGUGGGAGUUGAAGAGCUGCAGCUGGUGUGUUUGCAUGCCCGUGCCAAGGAGCAGGAGGCGCUCCAGGUGAUGGUGCCGGUGCCUGCACACAUCCUGAUCAGCCAUGAGAGGUUAAGGGAAAUACUGAAGAAAGCCUCUCUCCCUGCAGAGGAUCCCGACACCCUGGUGUCAGUUACCUUGGCUAUAGUUGAGACAGACUCCACAAUAGUCUACUAUAAAAUGACUGAUGGCUUUGUAAUGCCAGAUCCUCCUGAUGAUACCGAAGAUGUGGAUAAUAAACAGUGGAGGAAGAAAAGAAAGAAACUUUUCAAAUGAUUGGGACAGAGAAAACAAAACGUUUCUUUAACUUCUGUGCUCAAGCCCAAACAAAUGUAGGAACUGAUCUGAGUAAGUGGUAUGCUAAAGUCUGCCUUGGCAUAUCAAGGAUGCGUUCAGGGAGAACAGAGGCUUGUGCAACUGCACUGUGAUGAAAUGCCAUUUGAGGUAUGAAGUUGGUCAUGCUUUGACAUAGAUCAGUCCUGGCUAAUAAAUACA